AUGGGUUUUCGAGGACUUUGGUGGCUAUUGGCCGUAAGCGCCACAGCUGCGCCAACUGCUGCCCCUAUCACGAUUCACCUAUGCGGUGACUCGACCAUGGCAAAAGGCGGAGGGGGAGCGUCAGGUCAACCGACCGAGGGAUGGGGCGAGUACCUCAAAUACAGCUUCGGCUCCGACUACGUCGUCCACAACGCGGCCAUCGGCGGAAGAAGCGCGAGGUCGUUUACCCGCGAAGGACGCUUCGACGCGGUCGCCGACGUGGUCCAGCCGGGCGAUUGGGUCGUCAUCGAAUUUGGCCACAACGACGGCGGCAGCUUGAGUACUGAUAACGGGCGGACGGACUGUCCCGGAGCCGAAGACGAGACUUGCCAGACCACGUAUGACGGCGUCGCGGAGACGGUUCUGACGUAUCCCGCGUACUACAAAAACGCGGCUAAGCUUUUCCUCGGAAAGGGGGCCAAGGUUAUCUUGGACUCGCCAACUCCGAAUAACAUCUGUGAAACUGGUACAUGCGUUGACGACGUUUCUCGAUUCGACUAUUAUGCAUGGCACGCGGCCGCUGAGCUUGAUAGCCCUGAUGUCUAUCAUGUACCACACAAGGAAUACGCGGUCCAAGUUAUGCAGAACCUAGGCCCGGACACCGUCAACGCUAACUAUCCUAACGACCACACGCAUACUGGACCUUAUAUGGCCAACGUCAUGGCUGGAGCUUUUGUGCUGGGAUUGAAGUGCGGAACGACUGAUCUUGGAAAGGCUGUUAUAAACUCGACUGAGUCCCUGACUACAUCUUACUAUGGACCAUGUAUACCACAGAACAGCUCCAUCCCUAUUUAG